UGCAACAUGAAUGAUUUUGGUGCCUGGUGGAUCGAAUGAUUGCUUCUGAAAAGCUUCAGGUUUGUAGUUGGCCUUCAUGGCAGAAUUUCUUGUUCUAUAAUGGAGAGCGAAGGGAAAGAUGAAACUCCGGGGCAGUCGCAUCCCGACGUAGAAGUGGCGAGCAGCUCGGAGAAACCUACUGAAGAAGCUGCUUCGAGUUCCAGUGACGCGAAGGCCAGUGAUGCAGCCCAGGUACCUUCGGAACCAGCCUUAUCGCAUGGCUCUAGGAAAUUCUUCCGCGUGAAAAUUGUCGGCCCAGGCUCCAACGAUAUUGUCGAGCAUGAGAUCGAAAGUGGUGUUCGUGGAGUUGAGGUCUUAGAGCUGGUCAGCAAUAGCGCUGAUCUUGUUACUCGGCCACGCGUGGGUCUCUACAUCGACGGUGUCUCUCAGUCCACGCUGGCUGACAUCACGCUGUCGUUCAAGCCCAAUGAAACCACCACCAUUGAAGUGCGACCAGAGCCCUACUCGUACCUGGACGUAGUCAACCAUGUGCGUCAGUGCGUUGAAAUCAUGUUGCCCGAUGUGUCACACAAUGCCAUUCGCGGUGCCGGCAUCCUCAAGUCCGUGCUACGCCUGCCUGUUGGAGUGACUCUGGAAGAUCAUGCAUUGCAAGGCAUCAUAACCGGCAAAGACAUGCUGGGAACACGUCCGGAUGGCGACCUGCUGCAAAGCCCCAUGUUCACCAACCCUCUGGACCAGUGGACGCCCAACCUCACCAUGCUAGAAGAUAUUUACAAGAAAUACGAUGUUCCAAGCUCUGUACAAGACCUCUCGCUCAGCAAGUGGAACCCGCCAACAAUGCGUGCCAAGAUGCAAGGGGAUCUGCUCUAUCUGCGCGUGGUCACUUUGGAGAAAACCAUCUUGCACAUCACGGCCAGUAGCAGUGGUUUCUUCCUCAGCAGGUCAAGCGACGACAAGUUUGACCCACAGCCUGCUUCCGAACCUUUCAGCUGCCACUCGCUUAAUGGCUGCCUGAGAAAAAUCAGUCCUCAGUUCAAGUCUCAUUUCGAAGCAGCCUGCAGAACGAUUCCUAGCAUGUUGAUGAACCGCCACUGGAUGCCUCUGAGUGUUCCUCCAUGGGCUGCAUCAGAGGUUGAGAACCACCACCAGAACAUCUGGUCUGCAUUUGAGUUCAAGCAGUGCGGAGCGCUGGAGGCAAGAGCAGCGACGAACUGGGAGAUUACAGCACUGUGUCAGAAAGCAUUUGAACAGUACCAUGAUGAUCCUGGCAACUCGGAUAUGCUCUUCUACGGGCUCUAUAUGCAGUUCUUGUCUUUAGUUGUGGAAGGUUCACAGCUGAUGGUUGAAGGCAGCGUCAAUGAAGUCUGUCCACUGAGUGGCCUCUGGGGCAACAUUGUCUUUACAUCUGUCGAGACCGACUGCGACACGUUUGAGCUGGAAGGUGGAGAGGCAGCUGCGUUUGCGUCAGCCAGACUGGAGGUGCGCGGUCAGGAGCUUGUCUGGAAUGUUCUUCGCAAGAACAGAACCGAGAAGAAAGUCUUGCCCAUGGCACCACAGGUUUGCAUUGACUACCGAGGUCAUCGUCUUGUUGCGCAAACUCUCAUUCCCGGUCUUCUCGAUCAGGACUUUGGGGACGAUUUCCACAAGUUUGUUUUGCACGGCUUCACGAAGACCAAGGAAACUCAAGCCCUCGCCUGGAGCCAGGAGGCGUUCGAAUCUUUGUCCAAGAUUCAAGACGACAUGCUCAGCAAACCACACAAGUUGUUUGACCAAGACGGCGAAGUGCAUGAGUACAACACUUCCUCGUUUGUCAAGAGCAUGGCAGGCUCGGACGGUCGCAAGUACUUCUUUGAGUUCACACGGUCUUGUCCGGUUGAUGCCAACUUUGUGGACAUUCACGAAGGAGACGACGAGGAAAAGAGCAAGAAGGUGCCGAAAAUGCCCCACAAGCUGUUCUUCCUGCGCCCGGAGCUCGUGUCUGACUUCAUUACCUGUCGGCGCUGGGCUUUCCUGAAGGUGGCAUACAACCUCUUUGAUGAGGAAUACGGCAACUCCAAGAAAGCUGCUGAUAGUGAAGCAGCUGCUGCCGCUGCCACUGCUUCCACUAACUCCGUGCAAACACAGGGUGAAGCUAGCCAAGCUGACGACACCACUGACUCGUCCUCCCGCACCAGCGACUCCGGCAUCAGCGAGGGCAGCAAUGGCGCCCAGGUAUCCGACAACGUUCGCUCUCUCGUUCAGGAGCUGAACUCCGGCGUGAGCCGCGAAGCCAGCGACCUGCUCUCUCGCGGCAGCCGCGCAGCCAACAUGCAGACAAUGGACGACAAGAUCUUCUCGGCAAUGGCUGCAGCCAUGGCUAACAACACACCUUACAGACAUGCCUCUGCUGCUGCUGCCACCGCCGCCGCCUCGGCUAACUCUGCCGAUGGAGAGCAGGACGAGCAGACGAAAACUGCCGAAGAGUUCGCUCAGAAAAUUAUCAGCAAAGCGGCACGUCUCGUCGGAUCCUACGAUGAAGAGACGUACCGCAUUGGCUUCAACUUGGACAUUGGUAAUCCAUAUGCUAAGCAUGCAGACGAGAAGGAAUCUCUCAUGGCUGAUCGUCAAAUGGUCGAGGCUGCUUCCUUGUUCUUAGUGAACACCGUCUUGCUGAAGUUGGUGAUUGACGUCACACAGCUAGUUUUCAGUGCUGUUGACAGCGUCUCUCUCCGAGACUGUAUGCACAAACGUGGUGUGAACAUGCGUUACCUUGGCAACCUGGCUUCUUGUGCAGCAGAGAGACCAGAACUGUGGUAUAUCAAGAAACUCUGCAUCAGCGACAUCAUCAUGAGAAGCCUGAAGCACAUUGCUCGCUCCUACCUGCGCCGCAUUCCCAACCCAUCCUUUCCGUUCGCAAUGUCUCACUUCCUGAACUGUUUCUUGAGCAAUGCAUCGAACAUCAAGGCACCGAAGGCACCUGCAGUGUUUGCUCAUGCAGCUACCAACCAGACGAGGAAGAACAAGAAGAAGAAGGGAGGCAAGCACAGCAGCUCUUCCAACUCACACUCUCAUCAGAACAGCAGCGCUGCAGCAGCAGCAGCAGCCACAACAGGUUCCAGCACUGCCGAUUGUGAUGCUGAUGACUACAACUGGCAGGAUAUCACGCCGCAGAAGCUGUGGACACAGAUCGUCGACGAAGCACAGUCCUACUACCGCUUCACUCUGGACUGCUCGAGCAGCUCCAGUGCGUGCUCAAAGUACGGCAUUCAGCCACUCUCGCUGCUCCGCGGAUUCUGCAUGAUGAUGGGCGUUCAGAUCCAGAGCCGCAACUACAACUUCAACUCUCCGUACGAGGCCACGUUCACACCGGGUGAUAUCAUCAACUCUCAUCCAAUCCUCAAGUUCCCCUGGUUUGAGCCAGCCGGUGUCGAGGAGAAAUGGGCGCUCUUGCACGACAUUGUUGACCCGUCAAUACGCAAGCAGAUACUCGUCGAGAUCAUCCAGAUCUACAACCGCACCAUUGGGCUUGUCCAUCCGCAGCUGGCUAGAGCAAACAGCUCUCUGGCUAGUGCGAUGUAUGAAGACGGUGACUAUGCAACGGCUGUGUUUCACCAGGAGGAAGCCGUGCGCAUCUUUGAGGUUGCCUGCGGUAUUGACAACCCACUGACCAUCGACGCUUACACUGUGCUCGGUAGAUACCUGUUUGCUUGCAAUCAAGUAUCAAUGGCUUUGCAGAUGGCUCAUCACGCACGCAGCUUGCUUUUGCUGAUCUUCGGACCAGAUCACCCCAUGGAAACGGCCCUGGAUCGUGACAUUGGCGAGUAUUUGCUGGAGCGCAACCCUGAGCUGGCUCUGAAGUUCCUGCUGCGCUCUUGUCACCUGUAUGAGAAGUAUGAGGGUUCUAGCCGCGUCAACGACUUGAACCAUGCCAGAGUUCAACACCGUGUUGCUCAAUGCUAUCUGCUGCUUGGUGACUACCGGAGCUCGCUGCAGGCUGAGCGCCUUGUUUACAAUGCCUACAAGGCCGGGCUUGGAGAGAAACACCCAGCCACUCAGCACUGUGCUGCACUGCUCAAGAGCAUCACCUUCAAGGCUGUGAAGGCUGAGAAAGUGCUGCAGACGGCCAUUCAAGCUCGCCAAGUUGGUGCAAGCGAGGAGGAAGAUAGGCGUGAGCUGCUGGAUCUAUUUGCUACCCUGAGUCAACAGCAGGCAGCUGGUGACGACCUCUCCUCUUCCAUGGAUGCCGGUGAAAUUGAGCGGCGGAUUCAAGCUAGCGUUGAGGCAGCCAAGAAGAGAGCACCAACCUCCAAGGCUGCAAGUUCCACUACUGAUGAAGGCCCAACGCUGGUCAACGGUGAUGCAUCGUCCAGCCGUGGUCCGCAGUCCCCUGCUGCUCCUAAUGCCACCGCCACCGCUGCUGCCACUGCAUCCAGCAAGUCCAAGAAUAAGAAGAAGAACAAGAAGGGCAAAUCUGGAAAAUAGUCUUAGUUCUAGUUUGUUUAGUCGAUAGUCAUGUAUCAUUAUUUGAUUCUCCCUGUUACACUGCGGGCCGUUCAGUUGCAGUGCUGCCGACCCGAGUAGCAAACACAGGCCAUGCUGCUGAUCCCCGUGCAGUGCUGCGUGUGCGUGUGCACAUGUGCCCAGGCUGGUACGUGUAGUUCUGCGGCUGGUUAUGGCUCGUAUCACACCUACUACUGUUGCUGUUUUGGCAUGGUGGUGGUGGGUGUCGUGGGUGUUGUGAGGAGCACCACAUGUGCGAUGGUUCCUGCUGGCUGUUGCGGCGCUAAUGCUGCUCUGUAUGCAUUGCACAAAGUUGCUCCCCCCCCCCCUCCCCCCAUGCUCUCUCUCUCUCUCCUCUCUCUCUCUCUCUCUCUCUCUCUCUCUCUCUCUCUCUCGCUCUCUCUCUCGCUCUCGCUCUCGCUCUCUCUCUCUCUCUCUCUCUCUCUCUCUCUCUCUCUCUCUCUCUCUCUCUCUCUCUCUCUCUCUCUCUCUCGCUCUCUCUCUCUCUCUCUCUCUCUCUCUCUCUCUGUUUUUCCGCAGCGCUGAGUUUGUGUGCAGUGUUGUUUUGUACUACAUGAUUGUAAAUUGUUGAUAGUGUGUGCAACCGUCAUGCUGCACUUCUCUCCAAGCCAGCUAUUCUUUCUGGCCAUUGCAAGUGUGCUUCCUGCUGUGUAUGUUCCGUCUCCCGUCCCAUGAGUGGAACCGCGUACAUUCUCCUAAUACUCGGUUGUGCUGAUCUCUUUGGUUUUCCUAUGGCUUUCUCGUGUCCUUUUUGGUAUCAUUGUGACGUGGCCUGUAAAUUUCAGAUUCACCGUAGUCGCUUGCGCAUCCAUUGUCUCUUCUUUCUAGCGUUUCUUCUCCCGGUGCACGCUGCCGUGCGAAUGCAGCGCUGUGUGGUGUUUGCAUUCUCGUCGUCGUAGCCGCAACCAGCACAGCUGCAGUCACCACCGUGUGGUUUCACUACUGUUGUUGUUGCUGCUACUGCACUGGACCUUCAGACAUGGCAACGUCACGUCCCCGAGAGAGAGAAACUACUCAAACUAGCAACCUGACUUUUGCCUGCUUAGUCUUUUUUUUUGCUCUGUUUUGUUUUUGCUUUUGUUCCGGCGAAAACUGUUUCUUACGUCAAACUAACUCCUGUUCCCUAACUCUGCAAGCUGACUGUACUUCCAAGCUUUGCAAGCAGCGUUCAACAUGCACAAUUUUCAGGCUAACCAUUGUUUCUGUUUUGCAGAAUGUCCACUGCUGUGUCUCCUGCGCUCUAGCUUGGUCUAGGUACUCCCCAGGCGACAGCUCUGUUGUCACUCUAUUUAUUUUUGGUGUAGACGGAAGCAGUGUUUGAGAUUGGUGUCAACAGUGUACAUGA